AUGCAAUCUGCUGUUGAAAAACUUCGUAAAUAUCGUGACGAAAAUUAUCGUUUACACGAUGAAGUCAUUGAAUUAUGGAAAAAUACAUUAUCAAAACAUAAUCUUUCAUCAUUAGGUGAUGAAAAAUGGUUAAUACUUGAACAAAUAUUUAAAUCUGCAUUACAUUGCUCUCAACAAUCAAUUGCUGUUGAUUGUCUUGAACAAUUAAGAAAACAAUUUAAAUCAACAAGUCAUCGUUUACUUGUAUUACAAGCAAUGUAUCAUGAAUCUAUGGAUGAAUAUAAUAAAGCCGAAGAAAUUUAUUCGACAUUAUUACUAGAUAAUGAAACAGAUGCAAUUAUACAUAAAAGAAAAAUAUCUCUUUUAAAAGAACAAAAUAAAAUACAUGAAGCAAUUAGUGAAUUAAAUUCAUAUUUAGAAAUUUAUCAAAUUGACCAAGAAGCAUGGAGUGAAUUAUGUGAUCUUUAUUUGUCUGAACAUGAUUAUGCAAAAGCUGCAUUUUGUGCUGAAGAACUUAUAUUAAUUAAUCCACAUAAUCAUUUAAAUCAUGAACGUUAUGCAUCAAUUUGUUAUUCACAAGGUGAUUAUGAAAACGCACGAAUUUAUUAUUUGAGUACUAUCAAAUUUAAUCCAAAUAAUAUACGAGCUUUAUAUGGAAUUUUAUUAACGUCGGCAAAUAUAAAAUCACGAAAUACAAUUGAAAAUCAUAAAAUAAUUAUGGAACAAAUCGUACAAAAAUAUAAAGAAACAAUACCUGAACUUCUUCCAUUUGUUGAGAAAGCAUUACAAAAUUUGACAUCAUCAUAA